ACAUGGAUCUGCAACAGUUUCUUUCCUUGGAGCGCAAGCAACUGGAGAAGGACCGAGAGCGUCUUUCCACGGCACAAAAAUGCCCCGCCGCGCUGCUAAUGCAAAAGAGCGACUACAUGCCAGUGCAAUGUCAGCGCAGGGCCAAGGAGUCCAAUGAACUCCUGUCGGAAACGUCUUCCCUAGCAACCGGCAACCAAAACUUAAGCGAACAACUUCACUUGGACUUGAGCCGCCUGGGUGGGCCUGAUGGGGUGUCCGAGGGGAAUGCCAGCCCAUCCAAAUCGACUAAGGAAUUCGCAAACCAGCGUCAGCUGCUCGUUGGAAGCGCCCGUCAAUACAAAUCGCCAGAUGUGUCGUCGCGACGCAAUUUGGAAAGCGGGCGACCGCUAAGUGAGAAUCGCUUGCCAAUCCGACGAACGGAUGAUAUGGAGCAAUGGGUUACGGACACAUUUUAUUCGUAUUUCCCCGGCUUUAACAAUGAAAAUCAGAAACGGCAAACUUAUUUGCGUGAGCGACAGCGCGAGAACCAGCAGAACUUUCUCAAGCACCAGAUGCUUCAUCCGCCGGUCACAAAGCAUCAGCGACCGGGACAAGUGAGGAAGCCAUCGCAACCGUCACCAGCGCCAGCGCCAGCUCCAGCUUUGGCCUCCACACUGGCGCGAUCCAGCCAAUCCAGCACAAGCACCUCGAAUCACAGCACCACGGACAAGACUGAUUUAGAGUUAAUUGUAAAUAGUAACCCGAACUAUGUGCCGCCCAAAGUCCGCUCGACCACCACACGUAACAAGCUGCUGCAGGACCUGGGCCAUGUGGAGCUGUCGAAUAUUGUGACGGGCGACGGGAUUAUGGAGCGUAAUCUGCGUAGUGCCGAGCUGGAGACGGCCCGCAAAAAGGAUUAUCAACGCGAUCUUAUGCUACAGAUUGAGGAGAAGCGCCGCUCCAUAGAGUUGCUCAGGGAGAAGGAGCGUCGACAGGAGGAGGCACUCACCAGACGACUGGAGACCCAACUAAAAACCAUUAAGCUAGAAGAGCAAUUGGAAAAGGAGCGCGUGCGAAAUGAAAAGGCUCGCAUUGACUCGGAACAUAACCGCUUGAUGCGCGACCAGUUGCUGGCCAAGCUGGAGCAGGACGCACAGCUGCUGCUGGUCAAGGAGAGCAACAACCUGGCCGAAACACCGAGAUCGCAUCGGAGUAAAAACAUCCACAACAGCGCAAAUAAUAUUAGCACCGAAGCCACCGCCAACAAGGUGUAUAAAUACUUUAGUAACUCUGCACACCACGAGUACAGACGUGGCCAGCCGCUGCCGCCGGCCGUUGAGCUGGACUUUGAGCUGCCGCAAAUGGCCAAGAUCGAACGAGAGUGCUUCCAUCUGUGCGAGAAGAUAUGCCCGCUGUGCGAUGAGCCCCUGAAGAGCUACGAGAGCUGCUGUCUGCGGUGCCAGCGAAAGCUGGCAGUGAAACUGAAGCAGACGGAAAACGGCAACGAAAAGCAGCCCCAGGAUCAAAUUGGAGAGGAGGAAGAGGAAUCGCCGCGUGAUCCAGACGGCGACCCCCUUCACAACUGCGAGAGCAGCUAUGCCCUGGUCUGCCACAAGUGCGAGCGCUUAUACGCCAUGUGCAGCCAGUGCCUGGCCAAGAGCGAUGUGUGUCGAGCGUGCCAGCGAGAGCGGAAUGUCUGCAUGAACUGUCGCCGCAACUUGUGUUCGUUUUGCCUCGAGGAGGUUGCCUGCGGCCGCAACACGGAACGGACACAUAUCAAUGAGACGGAUGCUGACCGGCAACCACAUUCGGACAACGCCUUUCGAGUACUGGAUCUGAAUUAUGCAGUUCCAGCAGCUAAGGAGUCAACGGCCAGCAACCUGAUGCAAUCCGACGCAUCGCCUCCCUACUCCAUCAACAUUGCACGUAACUCCGUGUUCCAUUCCGACUACAAGUCGACGCCUGUCAAGCCAUCCUUUGUGGAGGAGCUGCCGACGUUUUCGGGGAGUGCUAACGCUAGCCUUGAGAUUGACAGCGCUGACGAGCAGGCCAUGGAGAGGGUUCGGAGACAAACGGACAAGCGCUUAUCGCGCUAUCUCCAAAACUACGGAGAUCUGGCUUCCAAGCAGCAAAAGAAGCUCAUCAAGAAGGAGCAGGAGCAGUUGCAGUUGCACCGCAGCAAGAGUGAAUCCCGUCAUCGUGGAACUCAAACGAUGCCCCAAUCUUUCGCCAGACGCGAUGUGGUCCUGAGAGAGGCCCCUGGGCAUAAUCUAUCGAUGCCGCUGCUGCGUGAAAUGCCCAAAAUGACGCGCAAAGAGACGGGCGCCACAUUGCCCGUGAAUGGACAGCGGGGCAUCGACAGUCUCAAAAAGCGCUGGGAGGUUCCUGCCGUGCAAAAGUUCUCCGUUUCCAACUCAUCGCCCAAAAUCCUCACUCAGGUGGGAGCCAUCCGCAAACAGUUACAGGCUGCCCGGUUCUUGGACGAUGUUGUCGAACCUGAAGAUUAUUGAGGGAUAGAUAACAGCAUUCGUGCACAAGCCCUGCAAGAGAUAUCUUCGAUUAGAUUUCCACACGUUAUUUAUCAGAGUAAAACGAAUUUAAUACCCUUCGAACUCUUCACGUUUUGCGACAUUUGCCAUUAUCAUUUCAAUUCAUAUAUAUUAUGUAGUAAUAGACCUUUAGUAGGCUGUUUCCAAGUGCUUCGGCUGCUUCAGGCAGCAAAUUAAUUACGUAGGCCAUUUUUUUGUUUCUUUUAUACAAAUACUUAUUAAUCACUGAUGUGGUAACUAGAAAGAUGCAAUUAAAGAAAAACUUAUAGUGAAUAAA